AUGGAUUCGGUGGUCGAAUCCAGAUUCGAAUCCCGGUUCGAUCCUGAGACUGACAUGCAGAAGAACCUACUUGUGUCAAGGGCCAGGCACGGAGGCUUCUUUAAGGUUUCCAAAACUGACCAUCCAAAACUGACCAUCCAUAUCCACGUGGCCGCUUCAAGGUUACGCCUUCAACAAGUUAUUCGUGGCUAUUGGUGGAAAGAAGUGUCCUGCUUUUAUUCGAGACUGCAUACAAGUGACUUGGAAAAAGUCGAGAGAAAACGUCACAUCGGCAACGACAUCGUCAACAUCGUUUUCAUCGACGGCAACGUGGAUGACAUGGCCAACUUCUCACCUUCUUUCCUAAAGUCUCAAUUCACACAUGUGUUUGCUCUCGUCUCCUACAGCAGCGAAGACGACGCCUACCGCCUCCACGUCUACUCGGAGGAGACGGUGCCGCUGUUCGGGCCCUCGCUGCCCUGCCCGCCUAUCUUCUACAACAGAGAGGAGUUCAGGGAGUUCCUCCUCGUCAAAUUAAACAACGGCGAGAAAGCGACCUUCAACACCCCCACCUUCUCGCAGAAGAGGGAGCGCACGCUGGACAUGCUCAUCAAGGACUUUUUACAGGACACAUCAACCCACAACCGAGGGGGGAGAACGAUGCUGAACCGACGCGCCUUCAGUGACGUGCUCCCCGACCCGCCCCGCUCAUCUCGGCGCAAGGAGGAGGCCCGCCAGGUUGAGUUCGUGAGGUUUGGCCAAGCACUGAAGCUGGACACCAUCGUGAAGGGAGACGCACCCACCUCCCUCGCUACUACGGGUCUCUUCAAGCGCACGCCCUGGGAACCUCAGUGUUACUAUCCUGAUUUCCCUGAUGAAGUCGUGUGCGGAGAUUCCUGGGGCGAGAACCGACUCCUGCUGGCGACGACCGAGGGGACGUUCUUAGUUGAAGAAGGCGUCGCGCACCGCCUCCUGUUCGACAAGAGCGUGCAGGUCAAACAGCUGAGCGUCGUGGAGGCGCACGGGAUCCUGCUGAUCAGGGUGGAUAAAGGCCGCGACAGCAAGAUCCACGUGUUCAGACUCUCGGACUUCGAGUGCGAGGACGAGCGCGUGAAGACGAAGGCCGACCUCAAGGACCACCGCCUCGAGAGAACCAAAGGAUGCCACCUGUACGCCAUCUCGAGGCCCGGAGGAUCGCACCUCAGGAUGGUCGUAGCUGUGAACAAAAAGCUCCUCGUCCUCCAAUGGCGACACUCGGCUGCCUGGACCGCCUGGUGCCCGGCCUCUGACACCGACACUGUGGAUGGAUUCCAGUUCAUUAGGGAGAUUUCCGUGGCCGAGUCGCCGUCGCUCAUAACGCUGGUGGAUUCCCCUCUGGUCUCGUCGGCAGGUGGACUCAGCGACAACAAAAUUUGCAUUGGUUAUAAACACCAGUGGGACCUUGUGAGCGAACGGACAGGUGAGAUUAUAAAGCUACACCACAUUGACGCGUCGAAGGUCAACCUCGUCGCUGCUCUCGACAUCUACGAAGACGAUGAGGCUGAGCUGCUCCUAUGCCAUAACAACACAUGCCACUUCCAGAAGCUGACGGAGGAGUGUUCCAAUGAGUUUGACUUCCAGUGGAACUCUGUCCCAGAAGCCAUUGUGUGUGCCUUCCCCUACAUCCUAGCUUUCACUCAGGAUAGUAUAGAGAUUCGACUUAUUAUUAAUGGCAAUCUCGUGCAGACUAUGGUUAUGCCUCGGUUAGCCUUCAUUACGUCUAAGAGUGACAUCUUCUUUGCUACAACUGCUCCAGAAUUCUUCACGCUUCGGAGAGAGAGAGUUAGAGUAGACAGAUUGGAGAGGGACCCUAGCCUUUCGCCUCCGCCUUCGCCUCACGGAAAGGAGCACACAGUGUUGGACCGGGACGCAGUGAAGCCCUUCCGCAUUUACCGCAUUCCCUUCCGCUGCCUGACGGGCGCAACCACCUGCGAGCGGCGCUGCCCCACGCCCUCCACGCCCCACCACCCGCCAGUGCUGGGCGACGGGGAGGACGCGGCGGGGUCAGCUGGAGCCGCUGGCGUCGACAUCUGCAGCGGGAGGACGGGCAUGCACCUGAGGGUCUCGGACCAGCGCUACGCCAGCAGGUCCUGCACGGCGUCGCCCACCCACCACCCCUCCCCCUCGCAGACCUUCCCGGGCUGCCCCCCUCCCUCGGGCUCCCCUCCCGUGAGCGCGACGAAGGGCUCGCCCUCGCACCUCCCCACCUACCAGAAGCAGAGGGACCGCACCAACUCCCUCACCGUCGACGCAGGGAGCAGCCUCCUCCUCCACCAAGGACGGCCCCCGCUCCAUCACCACCCCCACCACCACCAUCACCACCACCAUCACCACCACCACUCCCCCGUCAAGUGAAAACCGCUGUAGCACCGCCUCCGCUACUGCCGAUGGUGAGACAGCCCAUUGCCUCAGUGUCUUCAAGGGAACAGAGACAUGACGAUCGCGAACGGGACCACGACCGCCACACCCUACACAGAGACCACAGACAGACAGACAAGGAACAACUCAUUCAGACUUCAUUCUCGAAGGUGGACAGGAUUUCAACACAAACUUCACAGCUGAAUAUCUCUCAUAUCCCAUCCAACAGAUGCGAUUCAACAAACAAAAUGCCACAUCAUAUUACAUAUCACACCACCAACAGACAGACCCAAUGAUACAGGAGGUACACUACGAAUCAAAGAGAGGACGCAGAUAACAUGAAUACACAUUCCACUACUAGGAAUAGAGGACAAGAGCCACGCUACAAUGCCACACUAAAUAUGAUGGUUAGCCAUAAAGGUAUAUCAUCCAGUAAUAGUAAUUAUUUCAAAUACUGUAUUAUACAAUAUCAUAACCUUAGAUUAAGCAGAAUAUAUAUUCAUUAUUGCCCACCACCAUAUUCGAGUAAGUUAUUAGUCUUACUCUGCAAUUGGUUAUAAUUCGUACUCGAUCAUUUUCAUUGCGUUUAUGGAUUCUUUGAGUGUUUUGAUUUUGUUUUUUCCCGAUUAAUGAUGUAUUCAUAGAACAGACGUGGCUAUAAAGGAACAUUAAAAAAAAAUAUCUGAGCACAAACACCUGCACAAAAUAUGUCUAAUUCCUUAAUACCAACUCUCACCAUAGAAUUCAUACAUGUCUAAGUAGCCGAAUCAGCUUAGUGAUGAUGCCACACUGCAUCUCAGCUGAGCGUUCUUCCUCCCUUAUCCAUGAACAAAUGAUAACAAAAGUCUAAAUUCCAGUCAUGUGCCUGUCGUUAUCCCCCCUCCCCUUACUGCACGCUAAUAAAUUGUUCCUCUUUUGUUCUCCAAAGAUGAUGAUAUGGCUACAGGUUUCAUUUAGCUAUUUGCACUCACCUAUACGUGCAACUUUUAUGUACUUCCCACGCAAUCUAUGGCACACAUUCUAAGAUCAU